AUUUCCUCCGCUCCGCCUGGGCCGGAGGGAUCCGCAUCGGCGAGCGGCGCCUCCCGGGUGUAGGCUGCGGCGGCUCCCCGACUGUGCUGGGCUGUGGCGAGACGGCUCCGGGCGAGCCUUCCGCGGUGGCAGACGACGCCCCGAAGCGCGCCGCGCGGUUCGCGUUCCGGCUGCCCGCAUGGACGCGGCGUUGAAGCGGAGCCUCUCGGAGGAGCCGGCUGAGCUCCUGCCGUCGGCCCGGGACUUGGAGGAGGAGGAGGAGGAAGAGGAGAUGGAGCAAGAGCUGGAGGAGGAAGAAGAGGUAGACCCCCGGAUCCAGGGAGAAUUGGAGAAGUUAAACCAAUCCACGGAUGACAUCAACAGACGGGAGACUGAACUUGAGGAUGCGCGUCAGAAGUUCCGCUCUGUUCUGGUUGAAGCAACGGUGAAACUGGACGAACUGGUGAAGAAGAUCGGCAAAGCUGUGGAAGACUCGAAGCCCUACUGGGAGGCGCGGAGGGUAGCGAGGCAGGCGCAGCUGGAAGCUCAGAAGGCCACGCAGGACUUCCAGAGGGCCACGGAGGUGCUGCGCGCUGCCAAGGAAACCAUCUCCCUGGCCGAGCAGCGGCUGCUGGAGGAUGACAAGCGGCAGUUCGACUCUGCCUGGCAGGAGAUGCUGAAUCACGCCACGCAGAGGGUCAUGGAGGCAGAGCAGACCAAGACAAGGAGCGAGCUGGUGCACAAGGAGACGGCGGCCAGGUACAACGCGGCCAUGGGCCGCAUGCGGCAGCUGGAGAAGAAACUCAAGAGAGCCAUCAACAAAUCCAAGCCUUAUUUUGAACUCAAGGCAAAGUACUACGUGCAGCUUGAGCAACUGAAGAAGACCGUAGACGACCUGCAGGCCAAACUGGCCCUGGCAAAAGGCGAGUACAAGACGGCCCUGAAGAACCUGGAGAUGAUCUCAGACGAGAUCCACGAGCGGCGGCGCUCCAGCGCCAUGGGGCCGCGGGGCUGCGGCGUCGGGGCCGAGGGCAGCAGCACAUCCGCGGAGGACCUGUCAGGGAGCAAACCCGAGCCAGACGCCGUUUCUGUGGCUUCCGAGGCCUUUGAAGAUGACAACUGUAGCACCUUUGUAUCUGAAGAUGACUCGGAAACCCAAUCUGUGUCCAGCUUCAGCUCAGGACCGAUGAGCCCCUCUGAGCCGGCUGAGCAGUUCUCUGCAGUUGUGAGGCCCGGCAGCCUGGAUCUGCCCAGCCCCGUGUCCCUGUCAGAGUUUGGGAUGAUGUUCCCGGUGUUAGGCCCUCGCAGCGAAUGCAGCGGGGCCUCCUCCCCGGAGUGUGAGGUGGAACGAGGAGACAGAGCAGAAGGGGCAGAGAAUAAAACAAGUGACAAAGCCAACAACAACCGGGGUCUUCGCCACAGCAGCAGCGAUGGUGGCAAGAGCCACAGCAGCGCGUCCCCUGAGGGCCAGGCCUUGGCGAACAGGAUGAAGCAGCUUUCUCUCCACUGCGCAAAGGGAAGAGAUGGGAUUAUUGCUGACAGAAAAAUGGUGCAGAUCGGCUGAUCCACCCGAGGUCCUGGCCCCAGUGCAUAUCACUAUUUAUACAUGAAACUGUAUGGAGAACAUUGUGCCAAUAAUCAUUUAACACAUGCCAAAUCGUAAGCGUUUACUCUGAACUGCACUAAUGAAGUUUCGGUGAUCUUGAGGGCUGAAGAUUUUUCUUCUGGUUAAGAGCUCUUGAGCUGGUUUGUUUUCUAGAGCAGAGUUGUUGCAGGUGGACUGUGAGCUGGUUUGCAGUCUUUGUGGAACAUUAACUAAGAGUGUUAAUGGAAGCAAUGACUAGUUCCUACAAAAGAACCCAAGUCAGGAAAGGGGCUGGGAAGCUGAGCCCAGCUGGGGUCAACAGCUUGCUUCUAUUUCCCUUCUCUCACCCUCAGUUUGGGGAAAUAGAGACGUCUUCCUUUAUAUCUUAGGGGAUCUAAAUGAAAACAAAGAAUGCGAGACAAUACUCGAAUAUUCAGAACUCACCUUUUGGACCCAGUGAAGGCUUAAGAAAUCCAAGAACGUUAAGUCAUUUUUGUCACCUCUGGCGUUCAGAAGGGGCUUUUAAAAGAGUGUAUAUGUUGGGACACCCAUUAAAACCAUUUUCUAUAAAGGUUACUAUGAACUGCACUUUUUGGGGUGGGAAAGGUG